AUGAGCUUAGUCGAGAUUAAUACCAUCGAUCGUUUGGAUCGGCCCAGUGCUUAUUAUGCUGGCAAGAACAAGCGCCGCAGAGAUCACGAUGAAAGAGAACAGGAGGACCCCAACGCAAAGCUAAAGAACGCGACAACCCUCUACGUGGGUAAUUUAUCAUUCUAUACAACAGAGGAACAAAUCCAUGAGCUUUUCUCCAAAUGCGGCGAAGUCAAGCGAUUGGUAAUGGGUCUUGACCGAUUCAACAAGACUCCCUGUGGAUUCUGCUUCGUGGAAUACUACAACCACCAAGAUGCCGUGGACUGCCUGAAGUACAUUGGAGGAACCAAACUCGACGAGCGAAUUAUUCGGACUGACUUGGACCCUGGAUUUGAGGAGGGUCGGCAAUACGGACGUGGAAAAUCAGGUGGCCAAGUCCGUGACGAGUACCGCGAGGAAUACGACCCUGGUCGAGGCGGUUAUGGCCGCGCAAAUGAUGAGCAACGCGCACGAGAGGAAGAAGAGUAUGGUGCUGGACGAUAG